ACUCUGUAGCUUCACUCAUCGGCUAUAAUUAAAGUCAAAGCCCUUCGGAUCAGUGGGUGGUUGAAGGUGUUUUGAAGUGCACAGCUAGCAGUGUAACUUGAGGCAGCUUAGUGAGAACAUCUAUUGUUCGAGUGCGCGGCGGAUAAAUUGCUAAACCUGCCUAUGCAAAUACAAUUUCGCGAAUGUGCUAAUAUUUGUCAAUUAGUUUGUUUAGUCAACUCGUAAGCGGAACAAGCAACGUUUUUGUGCAAUAAAACAUUCCAGCGGCGCUGCGUAUGGAAAGAUGCACGUAGACCGAAGCAACGGUUUAGCGGAGGCGAAUAACGAGCGGGCCGAAAGCUAUUUAGACCGUCUUCUGACCAAUGGUAGCCAGGAGGGCGACAGCGGGGCAGAGCUGGAGCUGCCGUCAUGGUACAAUGAACAGUUAUUCAAGCGCGGACAAGGAUAUUUUCGAAAAUAUCGCUUUGUGAUGACGUCUGGAAUGUUGGCUGGAUUGAUUGCCGUGCUUGCCAUACCCUCGAUACUGCGCGUGCUCAUUUGCACGCGUCAAUCUUCGAAUACGCUGAGUGCCUAUCGUCGCUAUUUGCGCACCAUCUUUCACGCCCAAGCCUGGUAUUUUAAUUCGAUAGAUGAUCCGAAUGGUAAAUUCUGGACAAGCAUUGCGUCUGUGAGGCAGGCACACUCGAGGUCCAGUCGCGCCUGUCAGCGACUUGCUGCCGGGCGGAUAACGCAAAAGGAUCUGGCGUUGACACAGUUCGGAUUCAUUGGCUUUAUAACGCUGGGUGCACAUCGAAUCCACCUGAAGGAUGAUGACUUCCUGGAGGCCACAACGCAUAUGUGGCGUGUGCUGGGCCAUUUGUUGGGCAUUAAAGAUGAGUACAAUAUCUGUGGCCGCAAUUGGGCAGAGUCCAAAGAGCGUUUGGCAAUUGUUAUGAGAAAAGUUUAUAGGCCGGCACUGGAGCAGACCAAUGAUGACUUCCAUCGUAUGACAGAAGCACUGAUUCAUGGACUUUGGCAUGUCAAUACGAUGCUAUCGGUGCAAGCGAAUAUUUUCUUCACCAAGCGCCUGGCUUAUGUCAAGGGCUACGAGUAUUACAGCUUUGACUAUUUGGAUGGGGAGCAGCCAGAUCCACAGCAAAGGCAAUACUAUUAUGACAUGAACUUGUGGGAUCGUUUCAUUGUUAGCUAUGGUCUAUUUUUGGUGACAUAUAUGCACAAAUAUGCCGUUAUUCGAUGGUAUUUCAAUUUUAGAAUUUGGCUUAUGGACUUUUUUAUGUAUUAUUUGCCAAUCGCAGCCAUUUUGAGGUUUGGAGUUAAAUCGGCUUAUGUGCGCAUCUUUCGGUCAGGAGGUCGGGCACAAGAGCUGGUACUCAAUCUCAAAGAAGAAUAGAUUAGUUAACUUGUUGGUUUUUUUAGUGAUGGAUGGACAAUAAUGUGUGGAUGGGCGAAUAAACGUGCAAUAUGUUUUUUCAAAA